AAAGGGGCGGGCCUUGACAAUCUCGCGAGCCCACACCCGGUCCCGCGACCUUUGCGUUGGAAAAUGUAGGCGUGAUUUCCAGCUUUUGGAAGCCCCGGUGCUUUACGAAAUCACGGUAGCCGGAGAGCCAUGGAGAUGGAACAGUUGACCUUCCGAGAUGUGGCUGUUGACUUCUCUCCGGAUGAGUGGGAAUGCCUGGACCCUCCUCAGCAGAGGCUGUACAGGGACGUGAUGGUAGAGAACUACAGAAACCUGGUCUCUGUGGGAUGUCUUCAUUCAUGCUUUUUUAUUAUUGAGGACUUCGAAACCUGUCCUUGGGAAACAAACCUGUUAUGUGGAGUUAUGUGUCCUUAUUCAAAUUUCAUUAGCUAGCAUGGGCUCUCUGUCCCUGGUGUCACUUUGGGGUACCAAAAAUAGUAUUUGCCUUUGGUCUCAGGUUUACAAAACUGUCAGGUAAAAUAUACCUGGUAUCUCCCACUAUCUGUCAUUGUAGACAGCCAGGUUUCAGACAGGCCCUAAAAAAAAAAGAUUCCUCUGUCUCUUUUCUUCCCCCUGAUAGAGAUGGAGAUUUGAAUUUUCCUAAUUAACUAUGCUAUAUAGAGUAAAGAAGACCUGUGGUUGACAAAAGGAACAAACUUCACUUCCUGAUACAGUGAAACUACUUGGCUUUGUGCUUACUUGGGGUACUGUGACUCCUUCCUGGUUAUGGGAGGGUGUACAAGUUUAAUUUUGUCAUUAAGGUGUUUUGUUGUUGUUUUUGUUUUUCAUUGGGUUUUGGGGUUUUGUUUUUUUUGGUUUUUUUGUUUGUUUGUUUGUUUCAUCAUGGUUUGGUUUGAUUUGAUUUGGGGGGGGGGGGUUUGUUGCUGGUUGUUUUGUUUGUUUCUUUGUUUUGUUUUUAAGUUAACUUUCAAUCUUUUGCUACUAUGAUUUCUCCAGCUGUUUCCAAUAUGGAACUCAAGUAUAAUUUCACAUGUAUUUAUAAACUGUAGUCACUAGCAUUUAUUUAAUUAAUUUGCUUGUUUUUAUGUAUUUCAGCUCUUUCUCAUCAUUGUACCCAGAACUUUUCACCAGAACAGAUCCUAAAAUAUUCCUUCACAAAAGGAACUAAUGGAAGUUGUGGCCUUAAGAGUUUAUACUUAAGGGAAGAUUGUAUAUAUAUAGAUGAGAGUAAAGCCCACCAUGGUAGAGAUAUGCAAUGUCUAAUUACAAGCAAUACCAAAGAUGUCAUUGACAGCAGAGAUCAAGAACACAAAACCGCUCUGACAAUAACUCCUGUGAGGCCAGAUACUUUGGAUGAGCCAAGUAUCUAUAACUGUAAAUAUCCACAGGAAAGUUUUCAGCAUGACUUAACUUUGAAAGAAAGUUUGGAAGAUCUGAUAGAUGGGUUAAUGUUUCACCCAAACAGUUCCAUAGAUAAAGAAUUAAGAAGCAGAGGACUGAUAUCAACAAGUGAUCAAAUUGAGACUUUCUAUACUGAAAGAUCCUUACUCUUCAGUCAGCAAAUAGCUAUCUCCUAUGACCCAAAGCACAAUUCUAUUGAUUAUGGAUUGCCUGCUAUUGAUCCAUUAUCACAUAGCCCAAAUGGCGAUACAGAUGUGUGGGAAAGCCCUUUCAUGUAUAAGGAAACUAGCAAAGAUUUUAGUAGUGAAUCUUUACUAAAUAACUGCAAUGAUAUUAUCUUAGAGAAAUCUAGUCAGUAUAACAAAAUAUGUAACGACUUUGACCAUUGCUCAAGUCCCAACAAAUAUCAGUAUACUCUUCCAAAGAAGCCUUUCAAUUGUGAUAAUUUCUUUACUCAAUGUUCAAAGCUUUCUAUCCAUCAAUAUGUUCAAGAUAAUUGUUACAAGAGUAUCGAUUGUGACACAAUGUUUAAUAAAACUUUAAAUGUUAUUACACAUAAAAUUCAGCAUUCCCAGAAAUCCUACAAAUGUAAUGAAUGUGGCAAAGCCUUUAAAUAUUGCUCAAGUUACAGAAAACACAGAAUAAUUCACACAGGAGAAAAACCCUUCAAAUGUAAAGUAUGUGGAAAAUCCUUUACCCAAUGUGCAAGCCUUAAAAAACAUCAGAGAAUCCACACAGGAGAGAAACCCUACAAAUGUGAAGAAUGUGGCAGAAGCUUUAACCACUACUCAAUUCUUGGUCAGCACCAGAGGAUUCAUACAGGAGAGAAACCCUACAAGUGUAAACAGUGUGGGAAAUCCUUUACUCAAUGUUCAAGCCUUCAGAAACACCAAGUAAUCCACACUGGAGAGAAGCCCUUCAGAUGUGCAGAAUGUGGCAAAUCCUUUACGCAAAACUCAACCCUUAGUCAACACCAGAGAAUUCAUACUGGAGAAAAACCUUACAAAUGUGAACAGUGUGGAAAGGCCUUUACCCAAUGUUCAAGCCUUAGAAAACACCAGAGAAUUCACACUGGAGAGAAACCCUACAAAUGUGAAGAAUGUGGCAGAGCCUUUAACUGCCGUUCAUCUUUUACUAAACACAAGAGAAUUCACACAGGAGAGAAACCUUACAAAUGUAAAGACUGUGACAAAGCUUUCAUCCACUGCACAAACCUUACUCAACACCGGAGAAUCCAUACAGGAGAGAAACCAUACAAAUGUAAUGAAUGUGGAAAAUCCUUUAGUCAGUGUUCCAACCUUAGAAAACAUGAGAGAAUUCAUACAUGAGUAAAACUAACAAAUGUAAAGAAUUUAGUAAAUCUUUUAUCCAUAGUCAAAAA